AUGUUCUCUAGAACAGGAACCGGGUACGGACGUCAUCGCGAUAUCGAAGCACUAACGGAUAACAUAGGAAAUUUGAGUUUUGAUGCUAGUUUGGAAACCCCGUCCAAGUUUGACUUUGAACCCAGCACGCCUUCUAGAUACCGUGGCGAAUAUGGGACACCUUCGCCUACCAAGUCUGUGAACGGAGCGAACACUUCUCGAGUAUCAAUGAUGGAUGUUGAUGAUGGAGUUUCGAAUGCUCAAGUUGACUUCACGCAAUCCCCGAAAAAGUUGCCAUUGGAUUUCCACCGCAAGGCUUCAUCCAACAAUACCAAACGAUUAGUUAAUGUUUGCCAAAUGUAUUUCUUGGACUACUAUUGUGACAUGUUCGACUACGUGAUCAGUAGAAGAGAGCGUGCUCGCCAAGUUAUGAAGUAUCUAGAGCAGCAAAGGAUCCAAGGAACAGAUGGCGGUGAACUGACCAAGGAGUGGUACUCGUAUGUACAAAAAGAGACAGGAAUUCUAAGGAACCGCAGAUUGAAGCCGAAGAAUAAGGACUUUGAAAUGAUAACCCAAGUUGGCCAGGGAGGUUACGGCCAGGUUUAUUUGGCCAGAAAGCGUGAUACCCGGGAGAUCUGCGCCUUGAAGAUUUUGAAUAAAAAACUACUUGUUAAGCUGAACGAGACAAACCAUGUAUUGACGGAGAGAGAUAUCUUGACCACAACCAGAUCCGAGUGGCUUGUUAAGCUGCUGUAUGCUUUUCAAGAUCCAGCAAGUCUUUACUUGGCGAUGGAGUUUGUCCCUGGAGGAGAUUACCGGACUUUGCUCAUCAACACAAGGUUUUUACAAGCGCCCCACGCUAGGUUCUACAUUAGCGAGAUGUUCUGCGCUGUAGAUGCUUUGCAUCAACUGGGCUACACCCAUAGGGAUCUGAAACCGGAAAACUUUUUGAUUGACUCUAGAGGGCACAUCAAGCUUACAGACUUUGGUUUGGCCGCAGGAACUGUGUCGAUGGAGAGGAUCGAAAGUAUGAAAAUCAGGCUAGAAGAGGUCAAGACAUUAGACUUCCCCAAAUUCGAGGAAAAGUCUAUGAACGAUAGGAGGCAAAUGUACAAGAAGCUGAGAGCAGAGGAUGUCAAUUACGCCUCUUCGACGGUCGGCUCCCCAGAUUACAUGGCGCUGGAAGUUCUUGAGGCCAAAAAUUACGACUUUACAGUCGAUUAUUGGUCUCUUGGUUGCAUCUUGUUCGAGAGUCUGGUCGGCUACACGCCCUUUAGCGGCUCGUCUUCCAAUCAAACUUACGAAAACUUGAGAUGCUGGAAACAGGUAUUGAAAAGACCCAGGUGUGACAACGGUCGCUACGCUUUCUCGGACAGGACAUGGGAUCUGAUCACUAGACUAAUCGCAGAUCCUCUCAGUAGGCUGCGGUCCUUCGAGCAUGUCAAGAAGAUGAAAUAUUUUGCCGAGAUCAGUUUUGAGAAUCUCAGAAAUCUAAGCCCACCGUUCAUUCCUCAACUAGACAACGAGACAGAUGCCGGGUACUUUGAUGAUUUUAGUAGCGAAGCUGACAUGGCCAAAUACGCAGACGUUUUCAAACGCCAAGACAAACUUACUGCAAUGAUGGACGAUUCGGAUGUAGUGUCGAAACUGGUUGGGUUCACCUACAGGCACAGGAAAAGUAAGAACGGCUCAACGGGCUUUAUCUAUGGUAGUUCUGAGCAGGCUGAUCCCUUUGCAACGUUUUACUAA